GCAAAAAUGACCUCUAAGAAAUCCUCGGAUGCAAGUAAACGAGAGGUGAGCGUGUCCGGCAUGUCAUUUCUCCGAGGUUCGACAAGUUAUGUGUGGUGCACAACAUCAGUCCUGGGGAAGGGUGCCACUGGUGCUGUCUUCCAAGGGGUUAAUAGACAUACAGGUGAGCCGGUGGCAGUCAAGACUUUCAAUCAGUUGUCACAUAUGCGGCCACAUGAAGUACAGAUGAGGGAGUUUGAGGUCCUCAAGAAGGUGAACCACGAGAGUAUCGUCAAGCUCUUGGCCAUAGAGGAGGACCAAGAGGGCCGAGGGAAAGUUAUUGUGAUGGAGCUGUGUACUGGAGGUUCACUGUUCAACAUAUUGGAUGACCCGGAAAACAGUCAUGGUCUGGAGGAAGGAGAGUUUAUUCUAGUGCUGUCACAUCUAGCUGCUGGUAUGAAACACCUUCGAGAUAACAACCUCGUUCACCGUGAUCUGAAGCCCGGCAACAUCAUGAAGUUCAUAGAUGUUGAUGGGUCGACAAUAUACAAGUUAACUGACUUUGGCGCAGCACGAGAACUUCAGGAUGACCAACAGUUCAUGUCUCUGUAUGGCACAGAGGAAUAUUUGCAUCCUGAUAUGUAUGAGAGAGCUGUACUCAGAAAGCCGGUGGGAAAAACAUUUGGAGCCAGAGUAGACCUUUGGUCUAUAGGCGUGACUCUGUACCAUGUUGCUACUGGACAACUUCCUUUUCGACCUUAUGGAGGAAGACGUAACAAGGAAACCAUGUACCACAUUACCACUGAGAAAGCCCCGGGAGUUAUCUCAGGUGUACAGACAUCAGAAAAUGGACCCAUUGAAUGGUGCACUGACCUUCCUGAAACAUGCCAGCUCAGUCUAGGCCUAAGAAAACUAGUAACGCCCUUGCUAGCAGGAUUGCUAGAAGUGGAUCCUCAGCGAAUGUGGAACUUUGAAAGGUUCUUCCAAGAAGUGACUAUGAUCUUGAGCAGGAAAGUUGCGUACGUCUUCCUGGUCAACAAAGUUCAACCACUCACUGUCUAUAUGGACCCAGAGCACAGAUAUGAAGAACUGCAGUAUUUAAUCUGUGAACAGACGGAUAUGAACCCAGAUAACCAGCUUCUCUUGUAUGACAACAAGCACCUGAAUGAUGUUGUGGCUCUCGACCAGCCUGCUUCAUCCUACCCUACUACAAACCCCAGAAUGCCCAUCGUUCUCUUCUCAAAGCAAGAAGACGAUGUCACCUUAACCCUGCCUGAGUCACCAGCUGUGAAAUUUGGCAGUUUUCCGGCCUUGGUUAGUGUGGAGCACGAUGCUGCCGUUGGGAAGUCUAUGUGCUCUGUUGCACACGCUGUCAAACGCAAGAUUGACUACUUCUCCAAGUGUGUUCAUUUGAUCGAGUACAGUGUUCUCAUGUUCAUGUAAGUACAGUGUUCUCAUGUUCAAUCCCUUAAAAAUCAGAUGGGCCUGGCAGGCCUGACGCUGCCCUUUAGCGAUCGGUUAGUCGUGGUAGCAAACCACCGCGGUUUCUGGGAUCAGAUGUGCGGUGGCAACCAAAAAAACGCCUCUCAACCCAGGAUUAAGAGGCUUGAGGAACUGGUGGAUAGGACAGGUGAUGGAGAGAAAGUGGUUCGUGAAUCCCUGAAUGCUAUAGUGCCAGUGGUAAACCAGUUGUAUGAGAGAGUAGUGAGCGGAGGACAGUUGCGGCGUCAGUGGCAGCAGGUCAGGAACGAUGCAGCCACAGUAGAACGAGCACCAAACAAAGCUGCCACUUAUGUUAAUAAAAUGAGAGAGUCGUGGCAACAUCUGCUCAGGGACAGAGCAGCAAGAACCUUGACGUUCAAUGAUGAACAAUUUCACUUGCUGGAGAAAAUGAAGAUGAAAGAAACAGCAAAAAGUCUGGAGACUCUGAUGGCUUCUGUCACCGCGACUCUCCACCACACCACUGAUAACCUUGCUGACUGGUGCAAAGUCGCAAAAGUCCAACGUGUCCAGACAGAAAUUGAAAAGGCAGAUGUUGAGAAACACGAGGUAAUCCUUUCUUCUUUCCAAGCAACUUUGAGUGACACUGAAGACAGCUAUCAUCACACACUAUCUGAACUUCUGGCAGCCAUUAAAGACCGCAAACUUCAGGACGAUGCUAGACUCCAGACAGAGAUUCAGGAAUCUGGGGGAGCAAAGACAUCGAAGAAGUCCAGUGAUACUAAGGAUAGUCAGAAGUCCAAGAAAGAAGACAUUAAUAAGGCUAAAGUCAAGCUUACUUUGCAUGAGAUGUGUGAGGCACAAGAGGAAGUGAUGAAGCUUCUAGAGGAGAACGGAACAAUCAUCAAACGAUUUCAACGACUAACAGCCUUAACUAAUCCAACACCUGAUGACCAAUGAGGUUCAACGAUUGUAUUCUUAUACGGUGACAUUCUCAUAGAGGACAAUAGCAGUUGGUGCCCUGAGACGGGAUGACGAUUUAUGAACCAUAUGCUCAUCCAGAUUAAUCAUGAACCUCUCUACUUCUGGUUUUAUAUUCAUCUUGUUUUCCAAAGCUCUACCUGAUCUCUUAUUUUGUAAAUAAAAUGCUCAUAUACUCACUAUUAAUUAUGAAUUCUAUUCAGUUAGGGAGAAAAACGUUGCAAUACCAUGGGGACUUUAGAUUGUGCGUCAGUUUGUCGUGGAUCCACAUUAGUUGUGAUUUGAUAAUGGUUUGGGAGCGAUUGUAAUGUUACCUGAGGUUUCCUCUUUAAAUUGUAUGUUGUCAGUUGCAUUCAGUUAUAUUGUUGCAUGGAUAGUUAUAUUGUUGCAUGGAUAGUGCAAGAUUUUAUUGCAACUAUAUUUCUUUGUGUAAAACUCCAGACAAGAGCAAAACAUUGUCACAAUAACAGUUUGUUCUGUACCUGUGUUUUUUUCUACAGUCAGAGGCUUACCUUUGUAUCUGCUUAACCCUUUCACUGUCCGUAGGACUACAGUGGAACCUCGGUACUUGAACAGCUCUGUGAUCAAAAAAUUUGGUGUUCGAAUGCUUUUUUCGGUAAACAAAUUGCUCGGUAGUCGACCAUUUGCUUGGCACUUGACCAAACAAACACAACCUGCCAGAACUUUGCUGUAAACUAGGUAUAUCAUGUUUCUUCACAUUUAUUUUUUUUUCAUUAUUUGUACGUCACCAUCGGGCCUAAGAAGGUUAGUGUUAACAGCAAACCAAAAAGAAAAUUGAUAGAGAAAAAUUCGUUCUAUACUUGAACAGAUCGGCACUCAAACAGCCUUCUGGAAUGAAUUAAGCUCGAGUGCCGAGGUUGCACUGUACAUCAUUGAGCUCAGGGUCUUUCACGUAGGUCUGCAUGAUAAGCUCAGCUCACUCAGAUGACCUGUGAAUGGCAAAUUUUGGCCUAGAUAUGAGAAAAUGGGUCUUUGCGGUAAGUGUGUUUAAUGUUAGGUAAAAAGUGCAACUAAUGUGACAUUUUAUAGUGGCAAUGUUUCGCUCUCCAGGAGGUUGACGAAGCUCCUGGAGAGCGAAACGUUGCCACAAUAAAAUGACACAUUAGUUGCACUUGUGUCCUUAUAACUAACAUAUUGUCAUUAAUUCUACCAAUGUUAAUAUAAUAUAAAAAAUCCUGCCCCACACACUGCAUGAUGUGAAAAACAAAACUCUGUGUGUGUGUGGUUCACAAUAGUGACUUUACGGUGUUUUCUCGGAUGGUUUUUAUGGUUUUAUUGGUUGUUUCUUCAUCAUUUGAUAGAACGGAAGACAUACUUCUGAAAUAACAACUGAAAAGAGAUUAUUCCGGUUGAUUUCAGGACCAGAAGUAACCUCAAAUUAAGCUCAAAGUAGCAGUAAUAUUUGUUUUUUUUGCUGAUUUUAAUAAGGAUGGAUCCACUACACCACUAGUCUGUUUUAUAGGUUUUUAAUAAGUCUGAUUUAAUUAUUGGGGCACCAUAACCAAUCAUUCCUGGUUAUAUUUUAUUAUCAGAGAAACAGAGCAGAUCUAUUUUUGUGACCAUGAAUUCAGCGUGGAAAGCAAGUACGGUGGACACCCUGUUUACGAUCACCUCCCAAUACGACCAAUUAUGUAAGUGCGUUUGUAUAUGUAUGUUUGGGGGUCUAAAAUGGACUAAUCUACUUCACAAUAUUCCUUAUGGGAACAAAUUCGGUCAGUACUGGCACCUGAACAUACUUCUGGAAUGAAAUAAUAUCGUAAACCGGGGGUCCACUGUAUAAUAUAGGAGAGAUGUGAUUAAUGAAUAGAGGAAAAGUUAUUUUAGUGCCAGAAGUGUCAAUAUUGCUUAUUUUGUACUCUAUUUUUAAAAUGGUAUUUUUUUAAAUUUGUGUAAAAUUGGCCAAAUUACCAACUUCUGUGUACUUUAUAAGGUAAUUGAAAUAGUUGAAUGGGCAGUUUCUUGUGCUCAAUUGAUAAAACUUAAGGAUACUAGUGAAAUACCUAAGAAUUUGGUUGAAAGCAGGAAUGGAAAUUGGCCUAAAAUGAGACUUGAAGUGGGCAAAAUCACCGAUGCGUAAAUUGCAUCAAGACUGCUAACUUUGCUCCUGCAUAAUUGCAUAAGUUUUUCAUCAGAUUUUGUACUUGUAUACCUGGAGUAUACCUGGAGAGGGUUUCGGAGGUCAACGCCCCCCCCCCCCUACGGCCCGGUCUGAGACCAGGUCUCGUGGUGGGUCAGGGUCUGAUCCACCACCUUCUAAAAAAGAUUCUGUAUCAUUUUGGAAAAAAAUUUUAUUUUUAAAAAACAUGGAUACUGAGAGCAAUAUUAACUUCAGGGAUCUGGACAGUGAAAGAGUUAAAUGCAGUGAUUUACUAUACCACAUAUAUUAGUUACGUAUACAUGUAUAAAUGAUACAGCAGCACUUGUAUUUCAUACAUUUCUCAUUUCAUCACACUAGUGCUUUCAUUUAAUUAAUUUGGCUAUUGAAUUUAAUUACAAUAUAGAUUUAGUAUUAUUCACUCUGCAGUAUUAUAUACAAAACUUAAUGUUAAAAUUUAGUUUAUACACUCGUUUACAAUUUUUUUUUUUUUAACAUGGCAACUAUUUCCCACCAAGUUAGAGCGGCAAAUAAAAAAGGACACAUAUUUGCAUUUCUUCAUUAAAAAGUAUAACUGUCUUGGUAGAAGUGUGCAGAUAUUACAGUUCAGAUGACACUCCAAACUGUAACAUCCCCAGUCCUCCUUCAGGGUGCAGGCACUCUGCUUCCCUCCUCCAGGACUCAUGUCAUUUAGUUUCCCCAAAUCUUUCAUAUAUGUUAUCUUGGUCAAAACUCCUACAGUAUGUCAAGCCAUAAAAGCCACUUAUCUCCAUUCACUCCAAUUGCACGUACUUUUGUAAGCUGCUGGAUGUUCAAGCCUCUAGGAUUCAAAACCACCUCUACCUCUUUUCUCCAACCCUCCUUGGACAACCCCUGACCCUCCUUCCUUUUCCCCAGAUUUAUACACUCUCUUGGCCAUUCCAUUUUGUUCUGUUCUCUAAAUACUCAAAUCACCUCAACAGCUCCUUGUCAGCAGCCUGGUUUAUAGAUUUGGUAACUCCACACCAUCUAAUUUCUAUACUUUGAAUUCUCUGCAUAAUAUUCACACCACACAUUGCUUUCAAAUGUGAUAUUUCUACUGCAUCUAUCCUCCUUGAUGCAGCGCUGUAUGACUGGCAGGUUUACAAUGUAGUUCUGAUUGUAAUAAUAAUAUCCUCCUUGAUGCAGCGCUGUAUGACUGGCAGGUUUACAAUGUAGUUCUGAUUGUAAUAAUAAUAUCCUCCUUGAUGCAGCGCUGUAUGACUGGCAGGUUUACAAUGUAGUUCUGAUUGUAAUAAUAAUAUCCUCCUUGAUGCAGCGCUGUAUGACUGGCAGGUUUACAAUGUUUUGAUUGUAAUAAUAAUAUCCUCCUUGAUGCAGUGCUGUAUGACUGGCAGGUUUACAAUGUAGUUCU